AUGACUCCAAUUUCUGUAUUCAAAAGCACCUUUCAUGAUACACCAAUGGCUUUCUCCACAGUGCUUGUAUGCGCCGUGUUGUGCAUCCUGGCAAGCGUCGCAUUGGGCGAGAAGAAGGCCGGGAGCGUUCUACACCACAGUGGUUGGCAAAGCUCCGGCGGCAGCUACAGCUCCUCCUCCGGGUCCUCAGGCCAAGGGACCUCAGGACUGCUGCCACUGGCUACUCUGGCUGUGAUCUACAAUUCCGUGUCUUCGGGCUCUUCGGGGGGAAGCUAUGGUUCCUCGGGUUCUAACGUAGGCUCCCAAAGCAGUGGUUACGGUUCGUCGGGUUCUACAGGAGGGUCCCACAGCAGUAGCUACGGUUCGUCUGGCUCUGGAGGGUCCUUUGGCGGUGGCUACGGUUCGUCGGGAUCUACAGGUUGGUCCUUCAGUAGUAGUUCCGGUUCGUCGGGUUCCGGAGGGUCCCAGAGCAGUAACUACGGUUCGUCGGGUUCUACAGGAGGUUCCUACGGCGGUGGCUACGGUUCCUCGGGAUCCUCAAGUUGGACUUACGGCAGUGGCAAUGGCGGACUUGGUUCAGGCGGAACCAUCCUUUUCGGACAGGGUUCUUCAGGUUCCAGCGGUGGCUUCGGGUCUGUGGUUUCCUCAGGAGGAACUUUCAAUAAUGGUUAUGGUUCUUCGAGCGGAACCCUUAGUAAUGGCCAUGGUUCUUCGAGCUCGAAUACCAUCGGUGGCCACGGCUCCUCCAGCGGAAGUUCAGGCAACAGUCUGUACCAUAAGCCUUUCGCCUACAGUAUUUCUCACCCAGCCUUCCGCCUCCACAGCGCCAUCUUGAGCGGCUUCAUCAGCGGCGUCGUCUCGGGAGGAUUCGGGUCGGGAAGCUCAGGAUCUGGAGGAUCAGGAUCAGGACACUAUGCUUCAGUAUCCGGAGGAGGAGGAGGAGGAGGAGGAGGACACGGCAGCGGAGGAUCGACAAGUUCAGGAUCUGGGAGCUACACGUCAGGGGGAUCCUCGGGAGGAGCUGCUUCCUCGGGACAAGGGAGCUCCUGCAGGUACUGGUGCAGGACGCCCUCGGACCAAUACUACUGCUGCGAGAACGCCAGUCAGAGCGCCAGUCGCGUCGAGGUUCACGAAGGGCGCUGUCCAGAGGUGCGCCCCGAGUGCCCGCCGACGCGCAGUGGGCCGCCCAAACCGUGCAGCAACGACGGGUCCUGCUCGCUCUCCGAGAAAUGCUGCUUCGACAAAUGCCUCGAUCAGCAUGUCUACAUCAGAAGGCAUCAGGAGCCAGAUAAAUAUAUUACUCAUGGUGUGGUUUGCUGUGCCACUGUCAUUGGCGUAUACUGCUAUUUCUAG